AGAGGAGAUGGGGCGAGGGAAUCUCAGUCUUUGCAGGUGUUUUAUAAUUCACAGGAAAUCAAGUAAUUGGACCGACCUUGAGUUUAGGGGAGGGGUUGAAAGUGAGAAAACAGGGCAGAGUGACCUGGGUCCUGAUGGAAGAGGUGACAGGAAGACUCCUGAGGUUCCCGUGGAGAAUUGAUCUGGACACAAGGGUGAAGGUGGGUCUGGAUCCGCCCCUCCUCAGCUUCCUAUAAGGGCAGAGGACCAGGGACUGCAGGUUCACACACCAUGAGACCAUCCACAAGACAGGGGACCUUUCUGCUGGCCUCCACUGUGCUCUGCACCCUCUUGGAUCUCGGAUGGCCUCUAAGCUGUGAGGUGUGUAAAGGCUCCGGGCACACGUGCAGCGGCAAAAUGAAGACUUGCGAGGCUGGCAAGGACGCAUGCGUGGUUCUCGUGAGCGAGUCCAGCACAAAGGGCCGGCAGGCAGUGAGCACCUUUAAGGCCUGCAUGAAGUUCAGCGACUGCUACUCAGGCUUCGUCUCCACCACCAUGAGCCCCAAUGACUACAUGGUAACCAACGCACGGUGCUGCCAGAGUGACGGCUGCAACAGUGGCUCCGUGCCCCCUCCCCAGAACAAUCGUACUGAGAAUGGCUUGAUGUGCCCCUCCUGCAUCGUGCCCUUCCAGGAGACGUGCCCGGGAACCCAGGCAGCUCGCUGUGUUGGCCAGGAAACACAUUGCAUCUAUUUUGCUGGCAACGUGCAGGCUGGGAUCAUCAACACCAAAUUUGCCACUCGAGGCUGUGCUACAGAGAGUGCCUGCUACACGAAGGCUGGGGCCGAGGUGCCCUCAGCUUCCUACCUCUACUUCAUCCGCCGGGCAGACUGCCUUCCAGCUCCCUAUCCCCCUGGCCGGGCUGAGUGAAGACCUGAGGAAUAUAUGGCUGGAGGUCUCCUUUUGUUCUGCUCUGCAGCUCCCCUAUAAUUAAACCAGUUAACAGAACAAGCCUGAGUACUUGUGACAUGAUGCAUCUUGGGGAAGUGAGAUGCAGAGGGUACAGAUCUCAAUCCUCUUUUCUAACCUCCUCUUUUCCAGGGAUAGAGGGGGGACCUUGCACUUUAUUAAGGGACACUCUUUGCCAGGCCCUUGUGCUAAGUGAUUUCUAUGUUAUACCUCAUUUUAUGAUCACAAAUCUAUGGAAAUGAAAUUAUACCCACUUUUCAGACGAAUAAACUGAGGCAGAUUGUGGGUGCCACUUGCCUUGGGUUUUAACAGGUAGGAAAGGUCAGAAUCUGAUUUGAACCUGAGUCUGAGAGACUCCGGAGUUCUUGAUUACUUAUUUUUUUUUCCUGUUUUCUUGUCUACAAAAUGUAGAUUUUUUUUUUUUUCCUUUUCGGUAGUGCUGGGGACUGAACCUAGGGCCUUGUGCAUGCGAAGAAAACACUCUACCAACUGAGCUGUAUUAGAUAUUAAUAGCUAUGACCUUAUAAUGCUUUUGUAAGAGGCAAAUGAAAGGACACUCUAAAAGCACUUAGUAUAGUGCCUUCCACCUUUUAAGAGAAUGUUUCUGUGAGCAAUAUGUCUAAAUAAAUAGUAAUUAUCAUAAUAGCUGCCACCUAUUGAGUGGCCUUUAGUUGGCAGGUGCUAAACCCUGGCACCAUUUGGGACAGACUAGAUUUUCUAUGACGAAAAACAAAUCACUAAUUUUGUGGUUUAAAAUAACAAAGUUGCCAGGUGUGGUGGCACACACCUAUAAUCCCAGGAACUCAGGAGGCUGAGGCAGGAAGGAGCAUGGAAAGUUCAAGGCCAGUCUCAGCAAUUUAGAAAGACCCUGUGACAAAGUAAAAAAAUAUAAAAUAAAAAAGUUUGGGGAUAUAACUUAAUGGUACAGCUCCCUGUGUUCAAUCUCUUGCACCCAAAUAAAAUAAAUAAAUAAAGCAAAGUUGUAUGAAUCACCUAAUGCUGCAAUAAAGCUGUGUAACAAAA